AUCAAGAUAGAGAAGGAGCUUAGCAGCCUCUACAAGAGAAUGUUUGAACCUCUCCAUGUGCCUCCAGAGCUCUUCCAAAGACUAACUGGACAGUUCUGCAACAUUCAGACUUUAAAGACAGGUCAAGCCUAUGCUGCAGAAGAUAAAACAUCAGUUGAUGAUAGGCUAAGCAUCCUGCUGAAGGGGAAAAUGAAGGUGUCUUAUCGAGGGCAUUUUCUGCAUAAUAUUUACCCCUGUGCCUUUAUAGAUUCUCCUGAAUUUCGAUCAACGCAGAUGAACCGGGGUGAGAAAUUCCAGGUCACCAUUAUUGCAGACGAUAACUGCAAGUUUCUGUGCUGGUCCAGGGAAAGGCUGACUUAUUUUCUGGAAUGUGAGCCAUUUCUUUAUGAGAUCUUUAAGUAUCUUAUUGGCAAAGAUAUUACAAAUAAACUCUAUUCAUUGAAUGACCCAACCUUAAAUGACAAGGCUUCAAAAAGGAUUGAUCGACAGCCAAGUCUUUGCUCACAGCUCUCUGUGAUGCAGAUGAGAAACAGUAUGGCCAGUACCAGUGACAGUGAGGACGGCUUGCAAAUGUUUCUUCGCGGGACUUCCUCUGCAUCCUCUCUUCGCCCAGGCCGGACAUCUCCCUACCUGAGAACUUCCACAAAAAUGAAGCCAAUAGAAGAAAGUGUUGAAGAUGAUGUCUUUGAAGCACCAUCUGCUGAUAAGCUUGAACUCCAGCAGCUGCCUUAAAUGGAUGUGUCCUCAGGUGUAUCUGGGCUUGCCCAAAGCUCCAGUGCAAGAGGAAGAAUUUGAGAGGAAUCUGAAAGCUAAAACCACCUUUCUGUGUUUGAUUUUGCCACAGCAUAUGUCAGUGGCUUCUAGAUGAAAUGUCAUGUUUUAUUUUACUUCUAAAUAAAAUAGAUAAAAACU